AUGGCGUGGUCGUCGUCGGCGCAGGCGCAGGCGCCGUCGGAGCAGCUGUGCGAAGGGGCGGCGGCCGUCGUGGCGGCGCGCCAGGGGAUGGAGACGCCGCUGACGGCGGUGGCGGAGGCGUUCGAGGAGCUGGCGCGCGGGAUGGAGGCCGACAGCGGGGAGCUCCGCCUCGCGCCCUUCAGCGACACCUGCGCCCUCGUCUCCGUGCUCUUCAGCAGCCUCGGGAUGGCCUUCAGGUUCGCCGAGAUGGAGUACGUUACCAAGGUGAACGAUCUCAUCGGUGCUGGCAAGUCGUACCGCACGCUGAGCGACAUCCUCGACAAGGACAUCCAGAAUGACUGCGUGAAGAAGCAGGGAAGCCACUCCCGGAACCUGCGCAGGGUCCGCCUCGGCCUCGGCCUCAUCAAGGCCCUCUUCGAGCAAUUCCUCGCCACCGAGGGUUCAUUGUAUGAUGCUGCUACGACAGCUUACGGGCAGGUCUGCGCGCCGUUUCAUAGCUGGGCGAUCAGGAAGGCUGUUGGUGCUGGCAUGUACACUCUUCCAACCAGGGAGCAGUUGAUAGUGCGGCUGAACGAAACUGAUUUCUCGGUGCAGAAGGAGAUGAGGAGAUACAUUGAUGCUUCGAGUCCUAUCAUAGAGUACAUCGAUAACCUUUUCCUCUCGAGGAACAUUAGCCUAGAUUGGUGA